AUGAAUAAACAGCAGAAGCAAGAGAAACGCAAUAGAAAGGCAGAAGCAGAGGACGGCGAAAAAGUAUAUAAGCGAAACGCAGAAGCAGCAAUGAGCAGUGAAGACAAGAGAGACCAGGAAAAAGAGAAGGAAAGAACAUCAAAGACAGGCGAAACGGAACCCUAG